AUGGCGUCAAGCGGGGCUAGUUUGUGGCCGAUUGUUGGCCUCUUGGCUCUGGCGCCUGGCUUGCUUUUUCUUCGAACGAAGCGAAAACCUGACGAAGCGGACAUCGAGGAAGAAGAGGAUGCUGCACCUAACGAUACCAUCAAAGUCUACUUUGGCUCGCAGACAGGAACGGCCGAAAGUUUCGCGCAGAUAAUCGCUGCGGAGGGCCGGCGGCAUGGCUUCCACAUUGACGUGGUUGACUUGGAAGAAUUUAGUGCUUCGGAACUCUUGGAGACGGGCAAGGCUAUCUUUCUGAUGGCCACGUACGGCGACGGCGAACCCACCGACAACGCCAGCGACUUCACCACGUGGUUGAAAAACGAGAGUGGUGAACUUGAGAGGGAUUAUCUUGCUACUGUCGAGUUCACCGUCUUUGGUCUGGGCAAUACGCAGUACGAGCACUACAACAUGGUGGGCAAGAGCACAAACGAGGGAAUGGAGAAGCUUGGGGCACAGCGUAUGUUCGAGUACGGGGAGGGUGAUGAUGACAAUCAGCUCGAAGAAGACUUCGAAGCGUGGAGAGAGAAGAUGUGGAUGGCGUUGGUGGUGAGAUUUGGUGGCAAGGGCGGCGUAGAUGGAGUAGACAAAGCUGUGGACCUACCGUUCUCCGUCAAGAUGCUGACGGCAGCUGAAGCGGCGUGUCAUUCUGGGGUUAGUGAAACUGCCGCCGCUUCCUCGUCCAAGUUUUACUGGCAUGGAUGCGACGCACCCGUCGUUGUCAACCGCGAGCUCCGAGCUCAGGCUCCCGGGGUGGGAUCUACGCGGCACGUCGAGAUCGACCUCCAAGGCACCAGUGUAGGCUACCACACGGCGGACAACCUUGCCGUCUUGCCCUUGAACGACGCCACCACGGCGGAAAAACUGUGCGCACAGCUUGGCUACGAUCCAGACUCCUUCUUCACUCUCGAGCACGGCGACAACCACAAGCCGGUGUUUCCCACACCUUGCACCGUGCGAGACGCGUUCCUGCGAUUCAUGGACAUCAUGGCCAUUCCUCGCCGCAGCUUGCUGGAGCAGCUGACGCCUUACGUGGAGGACGACGCUGAACGCGAGGUCAUGCACCUCCUGAGCUCGAAGGAGGGCAAGGAGAUUUACCACCGCGAGGUGGAGGAGCCUGGGUGGACGCUGGCCGACCUCAUCCUGGAGAGGUUCUCCAGCCUCAGCAUGACGUUGGAUCACUUUUUGCAUGUCGUCCCCCACCUCCACCCCCGCUACUAUACGAUCUCGUCGUCGUCGUCCGUAUCGCCGUCAAGGGUGCACAUCACCGUGGCGGUGCUGGAGCAAGACCGGAGCCAGGGUCGCCUGUAUCGCGGCAUCUGCUCGAGUUUCCUCAGCAGCCUGGAACCUCACGGCGGAGCUACGGCGGAGGGAGCCACCGUAGACGGCAGUGGGUCGAAGUGCCGCGUGUUCGUGCGAGAAUCGACGUUCCGGCUGCCGGCGGACUCGUCUAUCCCGAUCAUAAUGAUUGGGCCGGGGACAGGGGUCGCCCCGAUGCGCGCGCUGCUCCAGGAGAGGGCCUGGCAGAAAGAGCAGGGGUUGAGUGUGGGGCGGAACGUGUUGUACUUCGGGUGCAGGUGCAAAGACCAAGACUACAUCUACAGGGACGAGCUGGAGGCGUACCAAGCAGACGGGACACUUGAUAGCCUUCGCUUGGCGUUCAGCCGUGAGGGGUCGUCUAAGGUGUACGUGCAGCACCUUCUCCGCGAGGAUGCUGCUGAGAUGUGGGGCUUGCUUGAAGGCGGUGCGUACGUGUAUGUGUGUGGAGGUACUAAAAUGGGCACCGAUGUACAGAACGAGUUCAACCACAUAGCUCAAAGUUGCGGGUUGAUGGGGGUGGAGGAGUCGAAGGAGUAUAUGAAGGGCUUGCACGACGCUGGUCGAUUCGUACAGGAGUUGUGGUCGUGAUGAGUUUGUACCCGACAGAGGUAGGGAGUUUUUUAGCUAGUGUUGUUAUGUACUCUCCGUCCGUAUUGAUGAACUGCGUGGGCAUACACCGAAAAGUUGCACGACGUAAUCGCUGUAUGAGUAUCAAAGCUUUUGGUGAGAUGGGCAUUUGUUGCCGUGGUAGUGUCCAUGGUGGACAUGGUGAGCCGCUUGAUUCUCUGUUGAAGCAAAGUACUCUGGUGUUAACGGUGCGAUACUAUUGAUAAUCCCAUCUGGCCCUUCUUGUGUGUAUCGAAGCUUCUUAACGGCUUUUUGACUGUUUCGUUGUCAUUUUCGUCGCGUUUCUGAAUUCGGCGCCAAACGUGUGUUUCGAUGUUCGUGACGUAUCGAGUGCCCCAACUCACCCCCGUAGUCCUAGUCCUGGGGUAGCAAGGCGAGUCUUUGGUGUAGAUUGCGAUGGUUGGCGAGGACCUAGUUCAAUAAAUGCAUGCAGUGGUGCAAUAUGCAAGCCAGGUGAACACUGACUCUUUUUCAUUAUUUUCUCACAGUCGUGAUAGUGUGGGUUUUGGGUUUCGUGCACCUCAUUCCGUCCAUAGAGUGCGGAGAGCGACUAGUACACGUCUCCGAUUCUUCCAGGGUUCGACACAUGCAGCCGCAGCAUUAGACGACUUCGCAGCGGGUAUUCGCAUUUUCUACAGCCGCCUCUGCGGUGUCUGUAGUGACGUAUGCUUUCUUAGGUGGUUGCAGGAAAGCAGGAAACUGAAAGCAGUUGCACCCGGGUGAGAGGGAAACGUGGGCAUAGUAGUAAACAUCGAAAAUAUUCAUUUGUGGGUUUGGCUUGCUUCCUGUGCUCCUGCGGGGAAGCCUCUUUUUUUGACAAGUUUUCGCCUUUUUUUUUCACGAAAAGGCAAACUAUUAUCGGUGGCUCGACAAGGCUUGGGUGCAGAAUAUACAAAGUCUCACUUGAUCGUCGAUACCGAUGCUUGGCGCACGAGCUC